CAAAAAUCUGACCAAAUUACACCUAAAAGGAUAAGACGGAAAGCAAAUUCAACCACUAGCUUUUGCUGCUGCUGUUGUUGCUUCUUCUACAAAGCAAUGGGCACUAAUUUCCUCCAUCCCUUCUCUUCAAAAUCACCACCAUCCUCAAGUACACUCAUCUUCACAAAAAUAACACACAGGCAAAGCCAAAUCUUCCUACCUUGCAGAAAACAACCGCUUAGAAUAAGUCCCAUCAUCACCAAUAGCACCAACACCAGUAGUAAUACUAAUAGCAACAAUACCAGCGGAGACAGUGCACAGCCACCACCUGUUCCACCAAACCCCGUGGAAAUAAAGUUCAGACGAAGGUCAUCGAGAAGGCGGUCAAGGCAGCAGGCUGAGGAUGGUGCUGCUGGCAGUGGUCAAGCCAUGAAGGCGAAAGUUGAAGAACCUCCAAAGAAGUGGGAGGACAUGAAUAUUACUGAGAAGGCAAUAGAGCUUUAUGUGGGAGAGAAGGGUCUGCUUUUUUGGCUCAACAAGUUUGCUUAUGCUUCUAUCUUCAUUGUUAUUGGAGGUUGGAUACUUUUCCGGUUUGUGGGUCCUUCUCUCAAUCUUUACCAGUUGGACACUCCACCUUUGUCUCCAUCUUCUGUAUUCAAGGGUUAGAUUGAAAUUUGAAACCACAAUUCAGGAUAGGCAACCAAAAUUUUAUGUUCGUCAAAUUAUACACACAAAAUUUUGCAGCAUUCAGAUAAUAAUGUGGGAAAGUUGCACCUUUUUUACUCA